UCUGGGCUGGCCGGGCCGGGGCUCCUCCGCUGCCUCCGCCGCCUCCGCCGCCGUCUCGGGCCCCUCGGAGCGGGCGGCGCUGGCGCGGGAGCGUUUCAAGGUGGUCUUCGCGCCCCUCAUCUGCGAGCGGACUUGCCAGAAGGGCCACUGCCGGGACAGCUGCAAGCCGGGCAGCAACAUGACGCUCAUCGGCGAGAACGGCCACGCCAUGGACACCCUGACCGGCUCCGGGUUCCGCGUGGUGGUCUGUCCUUUGCCCUGUAUGAACGGCGGUCAAUGCACAUCUGGUAACCACUGUCUGUGCCCCCCGGAAUUCACCGGCCGCUUCUGCCAGAUGCCCGUGAACCGCCAGGGGCAGCAGGCGCGCCCCCCCAGCGACGGGGCGCCCAUGGAGACGGGUUCCAGCAAGCACGCCAUUUACGCCGUCCAGGUCAUGUCUGAUCAUCACAGCGACAGUCCCUCGGGACCGGGUUCGAAAGGCACCGUGAGCCAUUCCACCUUUAUGGUGCCCCUGGGGCAUCACACCUCCGAAGCUGUUACUCCAGCGAUGGUAAGUGUGAGAUGGACGGAAGAACUGUGGAAGAGGUAA